AUGCUAAUUUGCUCGCUGGGCUUUCUCAUUGUAACCGUAAUUGAUGCCAUGGAGCAGAUUAUAAAAUGUAUUAUAUUUUUCACGAUAACGAAUCUAGAGGCAUUUAUGUUUUGCUACGCCGGAGAAUAUCUGAUCAAUAAAAGCAGAGAGAUAGGAUUUGCAGCGUACAAUUGUGCAUUGUACAAUCUGAAAUCUAAAGAUAGUCGCAUUUUGUUAUUCAUAAUAUUAAGAUCACAGAAGCAAUUGACGCUAACAGCUGGCAAAGUAGUGGAUCUGUCU